UCCACGCGCGAGCUGCCGAGCGCGUUCGCGUCUCCGCCGCUCAUGCCCGGCCUGCUCGCGUCCGUGCACGCGCUGCUCGGCGCACAGGCGCGGCCGACGCCGAUCCAGGCGCUGUCGCUCAAGCACCUCUUCAAGCGCAAGCUGGACGCGCCGGCCAACCCCAAUACGGACAACGCGUGGCUGCAGGCGCUGCUCGCGGCCGAGACGGGCUCAGGGAAGUCGAUGGCGUAUCUGCUGCCGAUGCUGCAGGACCUCAAGCUCGCCGAGCUGCAGGACGCGUCCGGUGCUGCGCAGCGCGCGAAGACGCACGGGCUCAUGGGCCCCCGCGCGCUGGUGCUCGCGCCGACGCACGAGCUGUCGCGCCAGCUGUCCGGCUUCGCGAAGGGGCUGCUACACAACAUCAAGCUGCGCGUGCUGUGCGUGUCGAACAAGAACCUGCCGGCGCGCGAGAGCAAGAGCGUGACGGCCGCGCAGAUGGCGAAGCUCGCGGACGCGCUCGUGGAGGGCGACGACGCGGCGGGCCCGGAGAUGCGCAAGCAGCUGGGCGAGGUGGACGUUGCGGUGGGCACGCCGGCAAAGAUCCUUGAGAUGGUGAAGGGGCGGAACUGGGACUACGUCGAGCCGCCCGAGGAGGAAUGGCCCGUGGAUGACCGCGGCCAUAAGGUUGCUCCCAGACAGAGGCAUCUCGGCAGGCCGUCCAUGCGCCUGGAGAGGGUCGAGUGGGUCGUCGUCGAUGAGGCGGACGUCCUGUUUGACGCUGACUUCGAGCAGCAGACCAAAACGCUCCUAACAGCGAUCAGCGAGGCGCGUGGCCAUCCUAUCGACGACCACCCGGCGACGCAUCGGCCGAGCCCCGAGACGCCCGCGCCGCUCAAUUAUCCGUACCAUCUACUGCUGAGCACCGCGACGAUCCCGUCGGCGCUCGCAUGGUACCUCGACACGCACCACCCCGCGCUCACGCGCCUGGCGUCGCCGCGGCUGCACCACCUGCCGGCGACGCUGCAGACGGAGUACGCGGCGUGGACGGGCGGGAACCGCCAAGCAGACGUCGAGCACCGCCUGCGGCGCGUGUGGCACGAGGACGCGCUGCGCGGCUCCGCACGGCGCUCGAAGGUGCUCGUGUUCUGCAACAAGAACACUCGCGCGCAGGACCUCGGGCGCUACCUCAACGAGAAGGGCAUUGCGACGGUGGCGCUGACGAGCACGAGCGACGCACGCCUGCACGGGUCGAACCACCACCUUGACGGAUUCCUGCGCCCGUUCAGACGCGGUCCCGCAGAGAAGGAGGGCGCUGCUGCGGCCCUGCCUCCGCCUUCUGGGGAGCAGGAGCAGGCUGAGGCGGAGUCGGCGGACAAGGCUGGCUGGGGCGACGUCAGCAAACACCCGCAUGUGCUGGUCACGACGUCGCUGCUCUCGCGGGGCCUGGACUUUGCGCCGGACAUCAAGCACGUAUUCAUCGUCGACGAGCCGCGCAACAUGGCGGACUUCCUCCACCGCGCAGGGCGCUCGGGGCGCGCGGGCGAGAAGGGCAAGGUGGUCGUUUUCGGGAAGACG